UUAAAGAGGAAUCUCAGCAACUGACACAUUUUAAACAAAAUGCAAGUGGCAUGUCAGUAAUAAUACUGGUGUCAUGGAAAAUAAAGGUAAAAAAACCUACUAGAUUGAGUGCACCCCUGCUGGGGCAAGUUUGUGCCUUAUACUUUUUCCUCUAAUGCUCUGACCAGUAUAAUUUUAAAUGUCCUUCUUGCAGGGCUUUAAUAACUACAUUUCCCAGCUAACCUCACUCACUCAUCUUCCCUCUCCAAAGUCGUGGAGAGCGAUUUUUUCAGGAAGGCUAGCUGGCUAUUGAUAUAGUCUCUCUACUAGAGGGUUCUGAAUGUGGAUGAGGAGAGAUGGGAGGAGCGUGAAUUCACUUAAGCUACAGCAAACCACCCAAUGCAGUAAAAGAUCCUGAAAGCAAACGGAAGCCAGUAAAACACAAUGCAGUACUGAGGGAGCAGCAAUGCACGGCUGGCCAUAGACCACACAGGACAGAGGGGGCGAGAGCGCAAAGCUGCUCAAUAUUGCACCAUGCAGACCUGUCUCUGAUAAUUUCCAAGGCGGGUGGGUGGGGGGAACGGAAGGACACAGCCAUGCAGCCUGCUGCAUACCUGCUCUCCUUGAUGCUUUGUGCCUUGGGGACCUUCUUUCUGGUUCAUUCCAGACAGGCAGGAGCCGCCUUGUUGACGGAGAUGGAGAGAAGGGCUGAAAACCGAUUUAUGGAGAAGCAGAAUAUCGUCCCCCUCCGUCUGAUUCCCCGCCCGGAAGACGGCACCCAGACUGGGCAUGGGGUGCUCAACACUCGGGUCAGCAGCCGCUCGGAUCGGAAGCAGUCCACUCAUGUUGCCCGAGCCAGCUUCCAGGUUGAUGCAUUUGGGUCAUCAUUCAUUCUAGAUGUAAUGCUAAACCAUGAUCUGCUGUCUUCAGAAUACCUUGAGAGGCAUAUCGAGCAUGGAGGAAAGACAGUGGAAGUUAAAGGAGGAGAGCAUUGCUAUUACCAGGGCCAAAUCCGAGGAAACCCAGAAUCAUUUGUUGCCUUGUCAACAUGCCAUGGACUUCAUGGGAUGUUCUAUGAUGGGAAUCAUACUUAUCUUAUUGAACCAGAAGAAAACCACACUUCACACGAGGAUUUCCAUUUCCACUCUGUUUACAAAUCCAGGUUAUUUGAAUUUCCUUUGGAUGACCUGCCAUAUGAAUUCUGGCAAAUGAAUACCACAUCACAGAAGUUUGUUCUAAAGCCAAGACACAAAAGGAGUAAAAGGCAGGUUCAUCAGAUUUCACGUAAAGUUGAGGAGGAAACAAAAUACAUUGAGUUAAUGAUUGUGAAUGAUCAUCUAAUGUGUAAAAAACAUAGAUUAUCAGUUGGCCAUACGAACAGCUAUGCUAAAUCAGUGGUGAACAUGGCAGAUUUAAUAUAUAAAGAACAACUUAACACCAGGAUAGUAUUGGUUGCCAUGGAAACCUGGGCUACUGAUAACAAGUUCACCAUAUCUGAAAACCCAUUGGUGACUCUACGUGAGUUUAUGAAAUAUAGGAGAGAUUUUAUCAGAGAGAAAAGUGAUGCAGUUCACCUUUUUUCGGGGAGUCAAUUUCAGAGCAGUCGGAGUGGUGCAGCCUACAUUGGUGGAAUUUGUUCACUAUUGAAAGGUGGAGGUGUGAAUGAAUAUGGAAAGUCAGACUUUCUUGCAGUGACAUUGGCGCAGUCGUUAGGCCACAAUCUUGGCAUUUUCUCAGAUAAAAGAAAACUACUAACUGGUGAAUGUAAGUGUGAGGACACAUGGUCUGGAUGUAUAAUGGGAGACACUGGUUAUUAUCUUCCAAGCAAGUUCUCCAAGUGUGACAUUGAGGAGUAUCAUGAAUUUUUAAACAACGGAGGUGGUGCCUGCCUUUUCAAUAAACCAUCCAAGCUUCUAGAUCCUCCAGAAUGCGGCAAUGGUUUUGUUGAAGAUGGAGAAGAGUGUGACUGUGGUACUACUGCAGAGUGUGCCAUUGAAGGAGGAGAUUGCUGUCAUACAUGCACCCUGACUGCAGGCUCAGAGUGCAGCAAUGGGCUUUGCUGUAGAAAGUGUCAGUUUGAAUCGAAAGGGGUUGUGUGCCGAGAUGCGGUAAACGAUUGUGAUAUUCCAGAAAACUGCACAGGAAACUCCAGCCAGUGUUCUCCCAAUAGUCACAAAAUGGAUGGGUAUUCAUGUGAUAACAAACAGGGUAUUUGUUUUGGAGGAAGAUGUAAAACCAGGGAUCGGCAGUGUAAAUACAUCUGGGGUGAAAAAGUGACAGCUGCUGACAGAUACUGCUAUGAGAAAUUGAAUAUUGAAGGGACUGAGAAAGGUAACUGUGGAAGGGGCAAGGACACUUGGAUACAGUGCAACAAACAGGAUGUGCUAUGUGGUUAUCUUCUGUGUUCCAAUAUCUCUAAUGUCCCAAGACUUGGAGAACUUGAUGGUGAAAUCACAUCUUCAGUCAUACAGCUGGGGAAAUCCUACAACUGCAGUGGUGGACAUGUUAAGCUAGAUGAAGAGACAGACCUAGGCUACGUUGAGGAUGGAACACCAUGUGGCCCAGAGAUGAUGUGUUUUGAGCGCAGAUGUCUCCCCACUGAUUCCUUCAACUUCAGCAUCUGCCCAGGCACUACAGAUGACAAAAUUUGUUCAGGACAUGGAGUUUGCAGCAAUGAAAUCAAGUGUGUCUGUGAUCGAUUCUGGGUAGGAGAUGACUGCAGCACCGCUUACAAAGAUGCUUCAAUUUUUGAUAAAGAAAUGGCAGGCAAAGGUGUUGUUAGUACAAAUAUAAUAGUAGGGGCUAUUGCUGGCACCAUUUUAGUGUUGGCUCUCGUUUUAGGAAUAACUGGAUGGGGUUACAAAAACUAUCGGAGACAGAGACAAAUACCACAGGGAGAUUAUGUAAAAAAGCCUGGAGAGGCCGACUCUUUUUAUAGCGACAUGCCUCCUGGAGUCAGCACAAAUUCAGCAUCUAGUUCUAAGAAGAGGUCUGCUUUUCUGUCGCAUUUUCAGAUUUCUACCUGUUCCAUCACCCAUUAUUCCAUUAGUCAGAACAUUUCAUUGUUUUGCAGCAGGUCAAAUGGAUUAUCUCAUUCAUGGAGUGAAAGGAUCCCAGACACAAAGCAUAUUUCAGACAUCUGUGAAAAUGGGAGACCUAGAAGUAACUCAUGGCAAGGUAAUAUAGGAGGAAACAGAAAGAAAAUCAGAGGCAAAAAAUAUAGGCCACGGUCUAAUUCAACUGAGUAUUUAAACCCCUGGUUCAAAAGAGAAUAUAAUGUAGCUAAGUGGGUAGAAGAUGUGAAUAAAAACACUGAAGGACCAUACUUUAGGACUCUGUCUCCUGCAAAGUCUCCAUCUUCCUCCACUGGAUCUAUUGCCUCCAGCAGAAAAUACCCAUACCCAAUGCCUCCACUUCCUGAUGAGGAGAAGAAAGCUAACAGACAAAGUGCCAGGCUUACCUGCUGAUGCUGGAUGUGCUGAGAAUCAAGCUAUCAACAAGGAGGAGGUAACAUCAUAAGGAACCCAUGCUACAGUUUCUGAUGUACAAAUUCAUACAGUGUAUCAGAAAUGUCUGAUUGCUAAUUUGCACAUUAGUAUUAUAUGCAAACAAGUAAGCACAGCUAGUUAAAAAAGUUUCAAUUCUUUAAUUAUACAGUGUGUCUGUGUAUAAAUAUGUUGUGAAUUUAACCUUAAGUCUCAUGAGAUUUUUCUGGACAUGUUUCUUUAAGUACAGAUACUUCUAAAUGACUAACAGUUUUCUCCUUGGUGUCUGAGACUUUGAACCUGCUAAGUUGAUGUAUGUAGGCCCCAUGUAUACAGUACAUUUUACUGUCUUGGGUGAUUAUAAAAUAAUGGGCCUUUAGAGCAUGGCUACAAUUAAAAAAAGAGAGAACUUUGACGACAGAUUAGAUAUCAAGCCUUUUCCUUCCCCUCCCAUCUCCAUUGGUGUUAAUUUAACUCACCUGAGCCUAUCUACACCAGUGCAACAACUGUUUUCAACAUCAAGGCCAGAAAUAGCCACAUUUGCUGGUGUAGGACCUUCUACACUACAAUUUCUAACCAAAUAUGUAACCAGUUUGUUGCUUGGUCGGCUGAGCAUAGUUUUUGGACAGACAUUCCUGCAUGUAAAUUGUAAAAACUAUAGGACAUUUUAACCAACACCUCCUUACAGGUUUGGCUCCUCCAUCCAUGUGUGCCAUAGGACAUCCUAGCAUGCAUUGUCUCACAUGCUGGUGAUGCCCCAUAGUGUGCAUAGCUUCCAUGCAUUAUCCCCUCUAUUGGGCAAUAUGGGAUUGCUGGCCAGACUCGUGUGACUGUUGCUGUCAGCCUGUGUGGAUAGCACAUAACUUUUUAAAAGUAUUUCUCAGGCCCAUGGGAUAGAGUCUGAGCCUCCAGAACAGUUUUCAACAACCAUUUGGGAAAAGUCCACAACUGUGUUGCUUAAAGCAGGUAACAGGAACAAGUGCUGGAAACCAUGGCAGGAAAUAGUAAUGCUGUACUGUGUUGGGGUUUUAAGGGCCUGUCUUACACUGGGCAAACUUUAUACUUGGUUUUAAAACCAAUUCAGCUAAGCCAGUCAGGCUUUGUUAACUUCGAAACCAGAUCUAAACCACAGCUUCCAUCAGUUUUAAAGUCACUUUAGUGGAACCAGUCUGAACUUUUCUGCAGUAUAGACAGACCUGAAUUGCCAUGGGAUUCAGAGAGAAAUGAGGAUUAGGGGAAAUACAAAGAACAAGGCAACUAAAAAGCACACUCUGCGGAGGGAGGGCUGAGUGACUCAGGAGUCAGAGUGGGGUAUGAAUUCAGCUGGUAACAUUUUUAAUGCUGGUGUUAGUUACAGGAGUUCAAAACCAAGACACCAAUUUAUUUCUGUUUCUCUGUAUUAUUAUGACUUUAAAAUGUUUUCUUUUUAAAAACUUACACAAGGCCUUAAGACUGUAUUCAAGCUUUAGCAUGCUGAGUAUUUUUUUACAAGCAGGUUAGAAACGCCUGUAAAUUUGCCUGACUGACCUUCAAGUAUAGUGGUGCUAGCAGAUAAACAUACAAUACUGUAAGGCUGUAAUACAGUAAGUGCUAAUAUAUCAUAUUGUAAUAGCAGAAGGAUUUCUGCUCACUACCUUUGUAUUUUAUGCUAGGGAAUAAUCUAGUGUAGGUUCAAACUAUGAGUAUAUGACCUGUUUUUUUCUUAUGGGUAAAAAAUGUUUCAGUACUUAGUGUUUUAUAUAGAAUAUUGUACUUUUCAUUUUUUAUUACAAUCAUUGCAUAGAUGCAAAAUGUUAUUUUUCCAAAAUAGCAAAUUAUGGACUGUUUAAACUGCAGGAGAAAAUACUAUUUACAAUAUGACCACGUUCAGAAAAGCUUUUAGCAUUGUACAUAUCAGUAGAGUCUGCCAGCUUUGUUUUGUGCUAGUAUUUUUAUUGUGUGUUGCUAUAAAAAGAUCUAUUAAUUUCUGAAGCUACCCCCUUAAGUAAAACAUUCAUAGUGGACAAGUACUUGGUUUCACCAUUGGGGACUGGCUAAACUGGACAUAAACAAUCACUUUGCAAAUCAUUGUCUUUGCUACCUGAAACCCUCCUAAUUCUUACACUACAUUACAGAAACAUCAGAUUUUGACAAACACCAACAAGAAAUGCUGCACAUUUUAUCAUUGCAGCUUUGAGUGUGAUAUUUUUGACAAACGUUAGAGGCAUUGGGCUGUUCAAGUGAGUGAAACUGGCUUUCCUAUAGCUAAACAAAACAUUGCUUUUAUAAAAUAAACUCAUUGUAAUUUGGGGUUCUAAAUUCUUGCACAGUUUUAUUAACAUCGUAAUAACCACUUCUAUGAGAGUAUUUAAUACAAAUGCCUGUGGUUUUCAAUGUUACUGACAUAUUGUAACAUCAGUAAAGUGACUUUCAAUGAAUAAGGCUGUGGUGUGUAUGCAUUUUUUAAAAUUCAUAUAUAGAUACCUUUUAUUAAAAGGCCUCUUAAAUAAGAACACUCAACAUUCAGCAGAGAUACCCAGUUUACCACAGUGGACUCCAAAUACUUUUAAACAACACUAUAGAUGCAGCAUGGUAAAUAGCAGGGCAAGCCUCUCACACAAUGACUUCCUAGCAUGCCCCAGAUGUGUGCAAGAGGAACUAUCUGAAGAGAUAAGAGCCUAGUUUUAGUUUCUCUUCCCACGGGCUGUCUGCACAAGCUGCUUGCCAGAAAAAUGUUUCUCCAUAAAGAAAAAUAGACUAACCACAACUUAUUUUAUAUAGGCCAAAAUGCUGUAGGCAUAAACCACACAACACAGAAAUAACAGCCAUAUUCAUAAUGAUUACCUGAUCUCUAUUGACUCUUACAACACAGAGGCCUUGGCUACACUUGCAGAUGUACAGCGCUGUGAGUUAAACCCGCCUUUGUACAGCUGAAUAGGGAAAGCGCUGCAGUCUGUCCACAUUGGCAGUUGCCAGCGCACUAUCAUGGCCACAUUUGCGGCACUUCCAGCGGCAUUGGGAGCGGUGCAUUAUGGACAGGUAUCCCACAGAGCACCUCUUCCCAUUUUGGCGUUGUGGGUUAUAGGAAGGGGGUGUGGGGCGCAGGGCAUUCUGGGUCCUGUCCCAACGCCCCGUGAUGCAUCGCUUCGCAUCCCAGCAAUCCCUGUGUUUCCGUCCACAUUUGGCGCCAUCUUUCAACAGUUUCUGUGCAGCGUGAUCUGUGUUCCGUUUCGGUCUGUGGGAAAUGGAGCCCGAACUGCUGAGGAGUACGCUAACGAGUCUCGCCGGCACGUCAUGUUUGGCAGUCGACCUAUUCCUUAAGAUCCAAAGUGACAGUGAGGAGUCCGAUGAUGAUAUCGAUUUGCGUAACGAGUACAACACGAGGUUGCUUGUGGCAUUCACGGACAUGCUCACCACUGUGGAACGGCACUUUUGGGCUCGGGAAACUAGAACUGAGUGGUGGAAAUCACAUCGUCAUGCAAGUCUGGGAUGACGAGCAGUGGCUGCAGAACUUUCGGAUAAGAAAAGCCACUUUCAUGGGACUGUGUGAGGAGCUCGCGCCCACCCUGCGGUGCAAGGACAAGAGAUUGAGAGUUGCCAUGAUGGUGGAGAAGCGGGUGGCUAUUGCCAUCUGGAAGCUGGCAACUCCAGACAGCUACCGAUCGGUUGCGAACCAGUUUGGAGUGGGAAAGUCGACCGUUGGACUCGUGUUGAUGCAAGUUUGCAGGGCCAUUAAUCGCAGCUUGCUCAGAAGAACCGUGACUCUGGGUAACGCGCAGGGCAUUGUGGAUGGCUUUGCACAAAUGGGUUUCCCUAACUGUGAAGGGGCGAUAGAUGGGACGCAUAUUCCUAUUCUGGCACCACCGCACCUAGCCUCCGAGUACGUUAAUCGGACUGGGUAUUUCUCUAUAUUUCACGCAUCUUUCGGAACACUGCCCUGUUCAGGAAGCUGCAGGCCGGGACUUUUUUCCCAGAGCGGAAGAUCACAGUACGAGAAGUCGAAAUGCCCACUGUGAUCCUUGGAGACCCUGCUUACCUGUUAAUGCCAUGGCUCAUGAAACCCUACAGAGGGAGCCUUGACAGCAGUAAGGCACGGUUCAACUACAGGCUGAGUAGGUGCCGAAUGACUGUGGAGUGUGCUUUUGGCCAUUUAAAGGGACGAUGGUGAUCUCUGUAUGGGAAGCUGGACUUGGCUGAACACAGCAUCCCUGCGGUUAUAUCCGCGUGCUGUACCCUCCAUAAUGUUUGCGAAGGGAAGGGUGAAAUCUUCACUCAGGCAUGGACCUCCGAGGUUCAACACCUGGAGGCUGAAUUUGCACAACCAGAGAGCAGGGCUAUUAGAGGGGCCCAGCGCGGGGCUGCAAGGAUUAGGGAUGCCUUGAGGGAGCAAUUUGAGGCUGAAAACCACCAGUAAUGUCUGGUGCCCUGCACGGGAGUGAAGUGCAGUGGUUCUGACUUGCCGUGCCUGUUUCUUUCCUGGGCUAAGGUAUCUUUUACUUUAUGCAAUAAUAAAGAAUGUUUUCAAAGCCAAAAAAUCCAUUUAUUGAAAAGAAACACAACUGCUUGGGAAACAGAAAGGGCAAGGGGAUGGGGUGGGGAACGGUUCAAUCAUAGAUUUGCGUAUGUCCUGUUCUCAUACUCAGCCUUCCUGUCUGGAGUGCUGUGCAAAGAGUGCUGCACUUCAGGAUGGCUAUAAAUCAGGAAGGGGGUUGAGUGCAGUGGGCGAGGGUCGUAGUUUUCAGGGCUGGGUGGUGAAGCUACAGGUGUUGGAGGCAGCUGGUGGCGAUAAACCCGGAUGUUGGGGAAAGUGGGUUGGAGGUGACAUGGGGGCACAAGGGAAAGAGUUUUGGGACAAUGGCUGCGGGGGGCAGGCGCGGUAGUGCUCCACCUUCAUGGCUACGAGCGCUUGGAUAGAGUCUGCGUGGCACUCCAUGAAGCUUAUCAGCCGAUCCGUGCUUUGCUGCCGGAGCUCCGUGCUUUGCCGCCGGGGCACUGCGUUUUCCUGGCGGAUCCUGCGUUCGCUCUCCCUCCACUCCUGCGCUUUUUGAUUCUCUUUAAGAGAUUGCUGCAUCAUUUCUUGCAGCAUGUCUUCUUUGCUUUUUCAUGGCCUCUUCCUGAGUCUUUGUAGUCUCUCAGCCGGUGAUAACACGGAUGGCUGAGAUCGCAAGGUUGCAUCUGUAAAGGCAAAAUGCAACACUUAACAGAGGCAGCAUUGUUUAUACCAGACAGAGUAAUGAUCCCCCCGAACUUAAGGAGGGGGCACACAGUCUACACAAUAGCAUAAUUUUCCCAUCCCAAAGCAAACGCACAUAACCCCCGGGAGCCCCAAAAUGGUGAGUAAGCACAGGGUCAAGGGGGACUGAUUGUUUCACGGCUGUACUGUCCUCUGGGGAGAACCAGCAGCUGCAGGGGCACCUAUACUGAACACUGUCCCCACAUUUUCCACAGGAGUUCAUCCUGGAAGAUAUCUCACUGCUGAGGGUGACCUGGGAAGCAAGGGAGGGUCUUCUAUUGCAAUGCAGCUUCUGCCCUGGCCCAUAUGCAGCUUGCCUGUGUGCAGCAAUGGUCCCCCCACCCCUCGCGGCACAGUGGCACGGACACAUUAGCCUAACUGGGACAAGGACCACAGUGGCUCUCCCAAUAAACCUGUGCAAGCGCAUUGCCCACGUUCCGGAUGAGACUUUAGAAAAGAUUACUGAGGCUGAUUACUGCAAUGUGAUAGACUACAUCAAUGUGCUAUUCCGCAUCUAGGCAUGCAUGCAGCCCUAACCCUCCUAGCCCAGAGAGCCUGCACCGAAAAAAUUCCUUCCCGAAAAAAAGCCACUUACCGGGAAACUGCUCUUCUGUUUGUCCUCCACCAAGUACCGGCCGCUGCGACUGGCUACCUUCCUCCUGGCUCGAGAAGAGCUCCUGGCUGCAUGCAUCUAGGGAUUCUGGGGUGUUUCCCCCCACCCCAGCACCCUCACUCCCGCUUUCCUCCUCCUCCUCCUGCUCUGAAGUGUCCAUGGUGGUGCUCGGAGUGCAGGUUGGGUCGCCCCCAAGUAUCGCGUCCAGCUCUUUGUAGAAUCGGCAGGUCCUGGGGGGAGCACCCGAGAGGCCGUUUGCCUCGCAGGCUUUGCAGCUCCUUCACUUUAACCCUGAACUACAGAGCAUCCCGGUCAUGGCCCCUUUCCCUCAUGCCCGUUGAUAUCUGCCCGAAGAUAUCGUAAUUCCUAUGGCUAGAGCGCAGCUGGGGCCGCACAGCUUCCUCACCCCCAAACACUGAUGAGGUCCAGCACCUCACCAUUGCUCCAUACUGGUGCUCGCCUGGUGCGUGGAGGCAUGGUCACCUGGAAGGAUUCACUGAGAGCACUCCACGCCUGGAUGAGCAAACAGGAAGGGAAUUUUCAAAAUUCCCAGAGAAUUUAAAGGGCGGGUCUGACAGUUAGUCACCUGAGGCCAGGGCAGUAGAGUUUGAACUGAUGACCAGAGUGGCUAGAACAGGCAUUGUGGGAUACUCAGGAAUACUUCUGGAGGCCAAUCAGAGCGCAUUGGGCGGCCACACUGGCGCUGCAGCACACCCGCGGUGGCGCAACAAACUUUCUUCCUCUCGGGCAGGGGGAGUACGGCCGCGCUGUAGCCACAGAGACAUAGCGCUGUACGUGCCUUGCCAGUGUGGACGGCGAGUGAUGUACAGCGCUCUGGGCGGCUUUAUUGCGCUGUAACUCACAAGUGUAGCCAAGGCCAGAGUUACUUGACAGCAAUAGCUUGCUCCUUGCCCUGUUAAUGUCCCACUACAAUUCCUGAGACAAGACUUUUUUACUCUAGGACUCAAUAUCUGUUAGUUUAAGGGAAAACAGAGAUAAGUUUCCUUUUUUGGCACAAAACUAUUUAUGACUACAUGAAUGGGACUUUCUUGCCACAGAUGAAUACAGUAAAUUAGGAACAUCUAGAUGACCAUAAAUAGUGGAGUGACAGAACUGGGAUGGAAUCAAUAGUACUACAUGCAAGGUCAUGAAUUUGGGUCUAAUAAUGUCUGUCAUAAGCUGGGGGUUCAUCAGUUGGAAGUGACAGAGGUGGAGAGAGAUCUGAGUGUGUAGGUUGAUUACAGGAUGACUAUGAGCCAGCAAUGUGAUUUGACUGAUUCAAUCCUAGGGUACAUCAGGUGAGACAUUUCCAGUAGAAACAGAGAAGUAUUAAUGCCACUGUACAAGGCUCUGCUGCGACCUCAUCUGGAAUACUGUGUACAAUUUUGGUCACGCAUGUUCAAGAAAGAUGAUUUUAGGGUGGAUUUGAUUGUGCUCUAUACAUUUAUCAGGAGGUAAAUAUCAGAGAGGGUGAAGAGCUAUUUAAGUAAAGGGACAACACCAAAUAGGUUUAAAGUGGCCACAAACAAAUUCAGGGUGGAAAUUAGAAGAGUUUCAAACCAUCAGGGGACUUAAGUUCUGGCACAGUUCUUAAGAGAGGACAAUUUUAUGAGUGCAAGUGUAUGACAGGGUUGCAGGUGAUGGGAUGGGUCAGCAGCAGUCCUGAGGCUCACGUCUGGUUUAUAUCUUAUGGUGCUACAAGCUCAUACAUCAGGUUUUCAGCUGGUUGGCCAGAAGGGAUCAGGAAAAGAUUUCCCCUCCCCACCCCCCGUACUCUAGGGUUUUUUGAGUUUGUUUUUUUUUAUCUCUUUCCUCUGAAAGCAUCAAAAAUGGCCACAGAUGGAGGUGGGCCAGGGCUCUGACAUGGCAUCAAGCAGUCUCUUUCUCUUGUACAUGGCUGAUCAGUUCUUGCUCUUAUGCUCAGGAUCUAACUGAUUGCCAUAUGAGGGGUCAGGAAGAAAUUUUCCUUCAGGUCAAAUUGGCUGUGACUGGGGGGAGGGGCAAGGAGGAGUCAUGUUCCUCAUUUUGUGGGUGUAGCAUUUCCCUGUUCUCAGCAUGUGAUACAUAAUAAUUUAGUCUCCUGUGGGCUGCAAUACUUUUGUCUAAUUUCAGCUGCUGUGUUUAAUCUGAGGGUGGUGGAGAGGUGGUGCUGACAGCCUGACACACAUAGGAGGUCAUACUAGAUCUGAAGGUCCCUUCUGGCCUUGAAUUCUGCAUCUAUCCUAGUGGAUUGGAUGUAACUGGAUCACGUUUCCAAGUUUUUACCACAAACUUAGAGCUCCUGUAUGGAAUUUGUUGGUCUAAGUUACAUGGAUUUAAAAAGUGCUCCUUUAUAAUAAUGCAGAAGAUUACAGUUCUGGUUCCCAAUGUGUGAUAAACACAGACCUAACACAUUGUGCACAACAGCAUUACAUAAAGAGUACUUGUUAUGACCAUGUCAAAAGUAUUUAAAAAGCUUGCCUUGAAGAGGUUAAAUAUUUUAAGCAGAAACAAAUGAUUGUGUUGGGAAAGGAAAAAAUACAUUAUCUGCUUUGGCAGGAAAAGUUUGUUUUUAUGCUACCAGAAAGAAACUAACUAUAUUCUUGGCCAAGGAGUGGGUGUUGGCUUGUUUGCUUCUUUAGAGCUGGUGGGAACUCUAAAAACUUUGAAAAAUACUUGUUCAGGUUUAGAUGAAAAAGUGAACAUUUCAACAUUUCCCACAGAUCAGGCAUUCUGAAAAAACUUCAGUUUAAUUUUUUUUACAAAGCAAACCGGUUUGAUUUUGACUUAGUAAAAGCUAAGGACUGAAACAUCUUACUUUCUUGUUAAAAGUGCCUGUUUUAAUUAAACAGUUUAGCACUUAACAAGAACAUUAGAUAAGCACUCACUAAAAAUUAGAGAAGCAGCGCUUUAAUAUCCUUAUAUUAGCUUGGAAUAAUUUUUCCAGGCUAUUUAAUUUCCUUGUUAAAAGCAUCAACUGUUUCAUAACCAUCAACCCUUUUGAACACAAAAAUGAGAUUUUACUACUAAUUAAAGUAACAGCUGUUUUAAUAAAAAGAAAACUAAAAUAAGCCAGGCGAACAAUAGAGCCAGCCACAGAAGCUUCUGGAAAGCACCAAGAUUCUUUAGGCAGGUGACUGAGGAGAUGGGAGCCUUCUUGGGCUGCAAAGAAUUUUAUAGAAACUGGGUUUGUGCCUUUUGGGUUAUUUGUCAUUUAAAGAAGGCCUAAAUUUACUUUAAGGUAAAGAGCCCUUUAAGCUAGGAAACAUGAAUUUAAGCCUCCAUAAGCUGAAGUAUUUUUGCUUGCAAAGGUGGGAGCUGAAGGUACAGUUAUGGGAAAUAUAAACCUAAUUCUGUGAAUAACUGCAUAUAUGUAUAGAAGAUAUAAACCAAUAUUAUUUUGAAGUGGCACAAACUGAACAGUUAGUUUUCUUAAGGCAACGAGAGCAGCCCACUACAAGAUCACCGGAUGGGAAAAGAAGUUCUUCAAAUGGCCUCUGCGCGUGGAUGUGCAACUUGCCAUCCAUGGCAAAAUGGGCGGAGUCCAUCCUGAAGAAAUCAGGUUACAGAUUAACUGUAGUUUCCCAAUUUUCCAUCUUGCUUUCUAGCAUGAUCAUUACCCUAUUAUGUUGACUGUUCUAUGCAGUACUGUCAAGGAACAAAACCACCACCAUGGCUCCAUGCUACUAUGUAGGACAGGAAAUAAGACAAGCUGCACUGUGAUGAAUGUUUUUAGUAGCUCAUGAGAGGGGGAAGUGUAAACACUACAGAAAGUCUUACGAUUUACAUAAUCAUUUAAGUUAUACAUAAAAAGGUGAUUUACAAGUAUAUGCAAAA